ACUCAUCUACUGUAGAUCAAAACCACAAUCAUCUAUUACGUGUUUCUCUUCCCCUCUUCCAUUCUAUACAUUUUCUCUUCAUUUCAGAUCAUUCCCUAAUCUGUAUCGAGAGGUACGUUCUUGGAUCUUUUCUUUUUUGUUAUUUAAGCGCCUUUUUCUCUUCUCAAAUUGGAUAAGCUUCUUGGGUUUUUGUUAUGGUGAAUGAUAAAUUUCAUCGGUAUAUUAAUUAGUGAGAUUUAAAGAACUUGUAUUUUUAUAGACCCCAUAUUUGGCAGAUGUUGCAAAUCUUUGUUAGGGUAUCAUAAUACCAAUCUCUUAACAACUCCAGAACAAUUGUCAAUGUGCUGGAUUUUAUGUGGUCUAUUUGAAUUGUUAUGUGAGGAACAAAGCAAGCUGUAGGACUACUUUUGUAUAUGUCUAAUUCAAAUUAUCUGAAUCUGACCUUUUCAAAAUUGUUUUUCUUGAGCCGAGGGUCUUUCAAAAAGUACAUCUCUACUCCUUUGACUCCACAAGGUAGAGGCAAGGUGCGCGUACACUUUACCAUCCCAGACCCUACUAUGCUAAGUUGCGCAGACUCUUCGAUUUUGGUUCCGUCCCCGUCCCGAUACAAGACACGGACGGGAGCGGGAUACGUCUCGGAUUUGGUCAACUGACUUCGAACACUUUGAACUGAGUCUAUCGAUAAGUUUGGGAGAAAAAUUGAGAUUUUGAACAGAUUUGGGAGAAUGAAAGAUAAUGUCCAUCUUGGAGAAUGAAAGAUUGAAUUCUAUAAUAUUCAUUGAUGGUUUGUGUAGCUAACCUCUCAAGUGAACGUCCUCCAAUCAUUUCGCUUUUGGUAUUGGUUCCAAAUACAGGUAAAAGGUAUAGAUAAAACCAACCAUGGCGUCUGUUGAAAUUUACUCAGGUUGACGAGUAACUACCUUCCUACUUCUUGGGUACCUUAUCAUUCAAAAACCAGAAUUUUUUGCCAUAAGUCAGGAAAUCUCAUAGGUGGACUUGCUCUUCUAGCUAUGUCUUUUAACUAGCCUCUCUUUUAAUAAAAUCGUUGUGAAGUUUCGAGCUUCAACCCUUCACUGGAGUGUUAACCUGGUAGAAAUGGAUAUUCCAUCAGAUGACUUCUCUUUGUCCAUCAUGCAACUUCCAGACGAUUGUUUACUCUCUAUUUUUCAACACCUUGACUGCGGACGUGACCGUGAGUCAUUUGGCUUAACAUGUCGUCGUUGGCUUCAAAUUCAAAAUCUAAAUAGAAGAUCUUUACAGUUCCAAUGCUCUUUUACUAUGCUUAAUAUUUCCUCAUUAUCUCAAAAUAACUCCCAAAUCAGUAUUUUCCAGUUAUCUAGGCUUCUGAACCGUUUCCAGCAGCUAGAAUCAUUGUCCCUGUCUGGUUGCACCGAGCUUCCAGAUUCGGGUUUGGCUUUGUUGCCACGUCAUGGCUCGAAAUUGCAACGUCUUCAUCUUGACUGUUGUUUUAGGAUAACUGAUAAUGGUCUUUCCUUCGUGGCAUCUGGCUGUUCUUCGUUGGUAAUACUAAGUCUUUACCGGUGUAAUGUUACAGAUUACGGGUUAGAGGCCUUAUCUAAUUCUUGCGUAGCUUUAGAAGAUCUGAAUUUGUCAUAUUGCCCUCGAAUCUCUGAUUAUGGCAUAAGAACUAUUUCACAAAACUGUCGUCAUCUUAGAGCUGUCAGGAUAUCCUAUUGUAGAAAGCUAACCGGUGCUGGCUUUCAAGGAUGUUCUCAGACUCUGACUUAUUUGGAAGCCGAUUCAUGUAGGCUCGAGCCUAAUGGAAUACGGAGUAUCCUAAGUGGAGGUGGACUUGAAUAUUUGAGUGUGUGUAACUUGACCUGGUGUAUUCAUGUCGAUGGUUUAGUAGCUAUUAGUGUCGGAUUUGCUGCAAAGUUGAGAGUGUUAAAUUUCCGGUUCAGCAGAACGAUUGGCGAUAAUUGUAUCAUGGCAAUAGCAAAGGGUUGUCCAUUGCUUCAGGAAUGGAACUUAGCAUUAUGUCAUGGGGUCAUGAUAGGAGGGUGGGAAUCUAUUGCAUCACAUUGUCAUAACUUGAAGAUGCUACACGUUAAUCGGUGUAGAAAUCUCUGUGACCGCGGAUUGCAAGCGUUGAGAACCGGCUGCAAAUGUCUCUCCAUCCUUUACAUUACCAGAUGUUCUCAGAUCAGUGCUGUAGCAUUGGAGAUUUUUAAACUUGCCAGAGGAAAUGUAGAGGUCAAAGAAGAAGAAAUAAUGUGUAUCUGCCCUCAAGGAGCCUUUCGGUUUUAAUAGGCGGCAACAAUCUUCAAGAUUCUUGCGUAUAAUUUCUUAUGUUUUUUUUGUGUGUGUGCGCGCCUCAUAAGCAAAAGAUGAGUUGAUUAUUGCAUGUAUACAAUUACAAUAAAUAUUGCUCUACAAAUUUGCAGAAAUAUUGUUCAUUCCCCAUGCUCUAAGGGUAUGGAUUCAUACUUUA